CUAAUUGAUUGGCCUGGGCAGGAAAGAAAGGAAAGGAGAAAAAAAAAAGGACUAAAGAGAAUAUUACACCUUUUUACAAAAUUGGUCCAUUGGGGUGUCGUCGCUAUAAUAUCGGGUGUGUUUGCUUUCUGAUCCGCUGCCCCGAAGAGAUCACCGUGAUAAAUCCUUUCUAUUACACAUCCAGUGUCGAGAAGCGACCACAGGAAGGGUUACUCAUAAAUACUUCGGUAUUGAUUAUCUGAGAGAUGAAGAAGGUGGACGUGCCUAUGGUGGGUUUGCUUCUUGUUGUUAUCCAGGUUGCAGCGACAUUUGAACCCAUAUCAUCUUUGCCAUCCACUGUUCCUGCAUUCCUCUGGUCUCCUCACCAUCGCAAUGAUUGGAGUCAGAUGUUAUGUUGAGCAAGCACGUGGAUCCAAAUCUUUUGGACUUGCUUAAGGUCUCUUUUUCAAGGUCUAACUUUUCAAUGUCAUUCCCAUAUGUGGCUACACCGGAAAUGGGUACAAUCGAUAAUUUAUUGGUCUCAGAGUUUAAAAAAUCAUGUGGGCAUGACCUUGGAAUCAACAAUAGUGCUUUCUUGGAGUUGUGUUCUUUUGAGGAUGAAUCGUUCCAAAGACUGCACUCGAUUAAUGAUUAUAUGGCUUCAAGAAUGGAAAAGAAGCGGAAGGGAGAAACAGAUUUGGUGGUUUUCUGUCAUGGAGGUCCUUAUUCUCCUAAAGAAGUCAAUUCAUGGACUUCUGAAAGCAAAACUUUGUUGGAGAUAAUGACUUCUGCAGAGCAUGUUGGGGCAAAGUACGAAAUUCUUUAUGUAUCUGAUCCCUUUAGGUCUAUUCGCCCUUCUUAUAUGAAGCUAGAAAGAUUCAUUGCUGAAGGUUCCUCUGGAGAUGGAUCAGUUGAAUCAGCAAAUUUCUGUGAUGAAGUCUGCCAAAUUAAAUCAUCUCUUCUCGAGGGUCUCUUAGUUGGGAUCGUUUUGCUUAUAAUCCUAAUAUCAGGCCUUUGCUGUAUGAUGGGUAUUGACACCCCAACGAGAUUUGAGACACCUCAAGAUUCUUAAUCUACUUUUCUUAUUGCAUGGAGAGUAGUUGCCCAAUUGUUUUGGUGAUGUGUCCUUGAAGGGAGAGAGCUGAUGAUACCGUUGAUUUGUCAUACUAAUGAUUACGGUAUUCUUUUUUAUACUCGUUUACUUGUGGCAUGGUUCUGGUAUGUUCACUAGCUGAUACUGGUGCUAUGUAUGAAUUUUAAAGCAUUUCAGUUUCUCUUUACAUUAUGCUAUUUCAUUGCAAGCAAGGAGGAAAUAAAGAUUCCAUCAUACUACCCUGCAUCAAAUUGAACAGAUGGUUCCUCGUGUGUCAUGGAAUAAAUGCAGUCCAGUGGCAGGUGAAAACAAUGAUUUGUAAUUACACAUUUUAAUAACGUGCUUGGAAGUAAAUAAAAAUCGUAUUUUUAUUAGAAUUAAAA